CCUGCCGUUCAUUUCACCGUGACGCUCGCUCCCUAUCUAAAAGUCUCGCCGCCGCCUGCUUCCCCUUUCGCCCUGUUCGUAUUUCAAUCCAUCGCCCAGUCGGUCAGUCAACCAACACUCUCCACUACCUCAAGUGUCCUGUCCUCCCCUUCUCUCCUGUGCGCGCACUCUCCUGUCGUCGCCGCUGUUCCACGCCGCCGCCGCCUGCGCCUGUACGUUGUUCCUUGCCGUGCAUUCUCUGUGCGAUCCAGCCACCUCUCAAUUUCUGACGCCGUUCCAGCAUCGGUCCCUACGCUCCCUUUCGACCGCCGCCCACUUCGUCGUUCCUCACCCAGUCGCUCUUUGAACUCCUCAUACUCCUCACCUCUCAGCAAUCAUGUCUGACGAGAAGGCCCGCUCCUCCGUGGACGCUGCCCGCGAUCCCGCCCAGCCCGUACUUCCCACCGUGAACCCCAACGCUGAGAAGAGCCAGGCCAAGGAGGCUGCCAGUUUCCACCCAUCUGUGUACAUUGCAAUCUGGAUCAGUCUUAGUUCCAGUGUCAUUGUCUUCAACAAGUACAUCCUCUCCAAGGACAAACUCAACUUCCAGUUCCCCAUCUUCUUGACAACAUGGCAUCUUAUCUUCGCGACCGUCAUGACCCAGAUCCUUGCCCGCUUCACCACCAUCCUCGACUCGCGCAAGAAGGUGCCCAUGACUGGCCGUGUCUACCUCCGCGCUAUUGUGCCCAUCGGUGUCUUCUUCUCCAUGAGUUUGAUCUGCGGUAACCAAGCAUAUCUCUACCUGAGUGUGGCUUUCAUCCAGAUGCUCAAGGCCACGAUGCCCGUCGCUGUCCUUUUGACCACUUGGGGCUUGGGAGUUCACCCGCCCAACCUGAAGACUCUCGGAAAUGUCUCGUUCAUCGUCGUUGGUGUCGUCAUCGCUUCCUUUGGCGAAAUUCAAUUCGUCUUGACUGGUUUCCUCUGGCAGGCAGGUGGCAUUGUUUUCGAAGCCAUCCGUCUGACCAUGGUGGAGCGCCUUCUCAGCGGCGGUGAAUUCAAGAUGGAUCCCCUCGUUUCCCUAUACUACUAUGCCCCGGCCUGUGCCAUCAUGAACGGCUUGGUCUUCUUGUUCACCGAAUUCUCCGUCAUCACCUCCGAGGAUGUUAGCCGUGUCGGUGGUUUGACACUACUGUGCAAUGCUUCUGUGGCUUUCUUGCUCAAUGUCUCCGUUGUCUUUUUGAUUGGCAAGACUUCGUCGCUUGUUCUCACCCUUUCCGGUGUACUCAAGGAUAUUCUUCUCGUCUUCGCUUCCAUGAUGAUCUUCCACGACCCUGUCAGCCUGCUCCAGGCUUUCGGUUACAGCAUUGCUCUCGGUGGCCUUGUCUACUACAAGCUCGGUGCUGAGAAGCUCAAGGAAUAUCUUGCUGGCGGUUCCAGGGCUUGGGCCGAGUUUGGCCAGACACGCCCUGCUGCACGCAAACUCAUGGUCUUCGCCGCUCUCUGCAUUGCCUUCUUCUUCGUCUUGGGUUCUCUUGGUCCCAAAUAUGCUCCUGAUCAGGCAGACAAGCUCUACAACAACAUUGGCAACAUGAUGGGCGAGAAGGGAGUUUGA